AUGGCGGAUGGAGAAAACCUCACUGUUUUGUCCGGCUUCAUCCUCUUGGGCUUCUCCGACGCCCCAGAGCUACAAACCACCAUCUUCACAAUUUUCUUAUCCCUGUAUAUUUUAACGGUGCUGGGGAACCUGAUGAUGAUCCUGCUGAUCAACGCUGACCCCCAGCUCCACACCCCCAUGUAUUUCUUCCUGACACACUUAUCCUUCAUCGAUUUUUGCCUUUCCUCCACCAUCGUCCCGAAGGCGCUGGAGACCUUCCUGCUGGGGAGAAGCCACAUCUCGUUUUUGGGUUGCUUCACCCAGAUAUAUUUUUUCAUUGCUCUGAUCACCUGCGAGUGCUUCCUCCUGGGGGUGAUGGCUUACGACCGAUACACGGCCGUGUGCCGGCCGCUGCUUUACGUCACCACCAUGUCCAGGGCUCAUUGCUACGGCAUGAUGGUGUUGGUCUACACCGCCGGCUUCCUCACCUCCCUGCUGCACACCGUCCUGGUGGGGAGGUUGUCCUUCUGCCGGGCCAGGAGCAUCAACCACUUCUUCUGCGAGCUGCCCACCCUCCUGCAGCUCUCCUGCUCGGACACCCGCGCCAACGAGGUCCUGCAGGCUUCCGGUGCCGGGUUUAACAUUGUGGGCUCUGUCCUGAUGAUCCUGCUUUCCUACGCCUACAUCCUCCACACCAUCCUGCACAUCCCUUUGGCCAAGAGGAGGCUUAAAGCUUUCUCUACCUGCGCCUCCCACCUGGCCGCCAUCACCGUCUUCUACGCGCCGGGGAUGCUCGCCUACAUCCAGCCUCACAAGGUCGGAGAUCGCGACAAGCUGAUUUCGGUGUGUUACACCCUCCUGACCCCCACCCUCAACCCCCUCAUCUACAGCCUGAGGAACAGCGAGGUGAAGGGGGCCCUGAGGAGGCUGCGGGGGCGAAAGCUGGCGCUGCGUCUGAGCAGGCUUUGA